AUAGGGCUUUGUUUUAGUCCGAACAAAAGGAGAAAUUACGUUUUCCUAAUCAGUUUACUGCGUAUUUUUGUUUCCAAGGGACAGUGUAAAACUGUAAAAGCAAUAUUGAAAGUCAGCAAUAGUCAAUUUCGUAGCUUGCGACGCCCAUAGUGGAAUUGAAGAGUUUCACCAUGAAGACAGUUUUGUCUAUAAUCUUUGCUGUUGUACUGGUUACAAGCCAGGCCAAGAAGUUGAAGUCAAACAAGUAUUUUAAUCCCUUGUCAGAUGAGUUUAUCAAUCACAUAAAUUCCAUGAAAUCAACAUGGAAGGCUGGACGCAAUUUUGGCAAAAAUUUCCCGAUGGGAGCCCUGACUCAAAUGAUGGGUGUACACCCAGAUUCAAACUUGUACAUGCCUCCAUUGAAGAAUGUCAGCCAGAUGUUUAGUAACCAGGCUAUUCCAGAGGCAUUUGAUGCUCGGGAACAAUGGCCAGAUUGCCCCACCAUCCAAGAAAUUAGAGAUCAAGGCUCUUGUGGAUCUUGCUGGGCCUUUGGAGCUGUAGAGGCCAUGUCAGAUCGUAUUUGCAUUCACUCAAAGGGAGAAGUAAAUGCUCAUCUCUCAGCCGAAAACUUGGUCAGCUGCUGCUACACAUGUGGCUUUGGAUGCAAUGGUGGCUUCCCUGGUGCUGCUUGGAGCCACUGGGUUAAGAAGGGUAUUGUCACUGGAGGCAAUUACAACUCAAGUCAAGGAUGCCAGCCGUACAUUAUUCCCGCAUGUGAGCAUCAUACAACAGGUGAUCGUCCACCUUGCUCAGAGGGAGGCGGUACCCCGAAAUGCCUCAAGACUUGUGAAGAUGGUUAUACAGUCGAUUAUACGCAAGAUCUUCACUAUGGUGCUUCUUCUUACUCUGUUCACAAACGUAUGGAAGACAUUCAGUUAGAGAUUAUGAACAAUGGCCCGGUUGAAGGAGCUUUAACCGUUUACGAAGAUUUUCCUACUUACAAAUCAGGCGUUUACCAACACGUACAUGGAAAAGCACUCGGCGGUCACGCCAUCCGAAUUCUUGGAUGGGGCGUCGAGGAAGGUGUUCCAUACUGGCUUAUUGCUAACAGCUGGAAUACCGACUGGGGUGAUAAUGGUUAUAUCAAACUUCUUCGUGGGAAAGAUCAUUGUGGCAUUGAAAGUCAGAUCACAGCUGGUCUACCGAAACUCUGAUUUUCUCUCAAUAUUACCUAAACGUAUACAGAUUAAACAUUCUUUCUGUUCACCUUUCUGCCUUAUUUUUCCUUCCUUUUAUUAUUUCUUUUUUCCAAUCGAAAAUUAACUAGACUGUUUAGGGUUUUGAACAAAAAUAAAUCGGUUUAGUUAAAAUGA